AUGCGCAAUGAAAACGACACCCUACUGACCAAUUCACGAUGCCAGAACUCGUAUUCUGUGAUUCCCAGUUGGGGGAUAAUAAACAAUGAUGCAGGUAAAACAAUUGUGGACGAGGGUACCGUGGAGAAUAAAAAUAGUAAUCAAGCAGUAUCUGUGUUGACUGCUGGUAUACGAGCAAUUGCAUACCAAAUACAAAGUUUAUAUCUCAGAUCACCUGUCAAAUUAUUUCGUCCAUCCAGAUUUGAUUACAUGGCUUAUGUACGAGCUCUUGCCGAUAGGCACAACAAUAUCAACGACAAGCCUUACAAGUUUCGAACUCACUCUUCUAUUGGAAUGCUUUUUAGUGUACUAAGAAAAGAGGGAUGGAAAUUCAUACCAGAUCAAGUGAUGCCCCCUCUAAUUGCAAACUCAGCUACGGGAAUUAUCUUAUAUGCAACAUAUUUGAAUACAUUGGACCGUUUGACAUCAAAACGGGGAACGAAUCGGAACACUGAGUUCAAUUGGUACUCUCCAUUUGAUACAUGGCGUGCAGGAUUUGUUGCUGGAGCCAUUCAAUCUCUUGCUGCUGCCCCGGUUGAUGCGAUUUACACCAGACUGUCUGUAUCAGAAAUGAUUGAGGGAUCGCAUCAAAAUCUAUGGAAGUUUGGAAUCAAUAAAUUGAAAGAGAUUGGGUUAGUGGGGGUUUUUGCAGGAUACAGCUUUUCUCUAAUCAAGGAGAGUUUCGGCUUUGCAUUCUACUUUUCAACUUUCGAAACUAUCAAAACUCAGGGGUACAGUAUAACCUAUAAAAUCUUCAAAUUCUUUCGCGACCAGGAGGAAACGAUCAAAAGCAAGCUACAAUCGAUUUUCAACUGGGAUGAACUCAAGGUUGACGAGAAAAUGCAGAGAUUGGAGAGAUACAGACUGGAGAGGAUAUUAAAGACGUCAUUCAUCUUGAUUGCAGGAGCUUCGGCUGCCUUUGCAUUACUCGCGGUGCAAUAUCCAUUGACUAAAGUUCAAAAGAUACACUUGUCAAGGUUGGAAGCUUUGGAUAUUUACAAUGCGUCAACUAGAAGAGACAAACCGUUUAUCAAAUUAUACUACAAUUCAUAUAUUGACACGUUUAAUCAAGUACUAAGAAUGAAGCAGAGAGCAAAGGUUACUUGGUUUAAAGCUGCAUAUAGCGGAUUCAUCAGAAAUGCUGUCACGACAAUUCCCGCAACUUCGGUAGCCUUGCUAGUUUUUGAAAUCACAAGAACAAGACUAACUAGUAGCAUAGAUGAGUCUGAAAUGCUAGCACCUUAA